AAAUCGUGUAGUAGUAUAGUGUGCGUGCGUGGGCUGUAUGUAGUGUGUAAUUUUUUAUUGAAGGGGAAAGACGUCGCAGUCGCUGUCGUUGUUCCACCUGAAAGUGCGGUUGAAAAUAAAUCAUGUCAAGCACUGGAAACUUUCGAAAUCCGUUUUCUCGACCAUGGAUGAAAGAUACUGGUGCAGCGGCUGCGGCUGGAGGGGGAGCUGUUGGGGCCAAAGGUGUAGUAGCCGGUGGUAUUACAGGAGGCAUUGAAAUUUGUAUCACAUUCCCAACCGAAUACGUGAAAACACAACUCCAAUUAGACGAAAAAGGUGGCACCAGGAAGUACACCGGCAUCUGGGACUGCGUCACAAAGACUGUCAAAGGCCAUGGCUUCUUCGGACUGUACAGAGGGCUCAGUGUGCUCUUAUACGGGUCCAUACCGAAAUCUGCCGUCAGAUUCGGUGUGUUCGAACAAGCAAAAGAGUUUAUGGUGCAAGCGGACGGGACCCUAUCGACGGCAGGCAAGCUCGGCUGCGGCCUGGCCGCCGGCGUGGCCGAGGCUGUGUUCGCCGUGACCCCCAUGGAAACAGUCAAGGUCAAGUUCAUCAACGACAUGAGGACUGAGAAGCCGAGGUUCAAGGGUUUCUUCCACGGUGUCAGGACUAUUGUUAAGGAAGAAGGUGUCGGCGGAGUGUACAAAGGCGUCACAGCGACAGUGAUGAAGCAGGGCAGCAACCAGGCCAUCAGGUUCUUCGUGAUGGAGUCGCUCCGGGACUGGUACAAGGGCGGGGACCGGGACAAGCCCGUGCCGAAAUACAUCGUGGGGCUGUUCGGUGGUGUUGCUGGUGCGGCGUCGGUAUUCGGCAACACACCGAUAGACGUGGUCAAAACACGAAUGCAGGGACUCGAGGCGGCAAAAUACAAAAAUACAUUGGACUGCUUCCUCAAGAUCUGGAAGAAUGAGGGCCCAAUCGCCUUCUACAAGGGAACAGUGCCUCGACUCAGCAGGGUCGUCUUCGACGUAGCCAUCACCUUCACAAUAUACGACAGUAUCAUGGAUGCCUUCAACCUGGUGUGGAAGUAGUAGAGUACCGCCGUUUUGGAAUUAAUUUGAUCCUUAGGUAUGAGAAUCGAAGUUUGACGAUGACAAAAUGGCUGUGGUGACGUCAUUUUAGAAGUGUAAGUAAAUCGCAGGCGAUUUCAUAAGCGACUUCGUUUUUGUGUGAAGUGGAAUCCUAUUGUUUUUUUACAAUACAUGAAUUAAAUAUUCGAUUUCAAUAUAUCGUGUAUAAUUUUUUCGCUAUAGCCAUUUUGACUUCGUUAAAAUGAAAUUAGGGAUUAUUAGUGCUUUAUGAAAAAGUGGUGAUCAAACAAUUCCAGAAUGUAACGUGCUUUGGAGAUGUACAAAUAUAUCUAUCGAGCUGCGCUCGGUAUAGUUUUAAGUAGGAAUAUCGAAUUCUUGGGUGUGGCAUGCGCAUUUUUCAUUUUACAGACGCAACGAUUACGUAUACGAGUAAAUACUCAUAAACGUAAUCGUUUCGCAAACGUAUCUUAUUACAUGAGUAUUUCGAUAGGACACUCUUAGCUCCUACCCACACGGGAAGGAUCCAAGUUUUUGUGUUUACCAUUAUUUAUGAAGAGUAAAUAUAAUCUAAAAACAACAAAAAACACUAUGAGAGUCAUAAAUACUUCAUUGGACUUUAUUAGUCGAAUGGGACUUCUGCCGUGUUACACCCGAUGGUUUUUUACGCGUCAAAGAUAUAUUUUUGUAGGAUGCUUUGUAGGCGUUGUUGAUAUAUUAUUAAGGAUAUUGACUAUCAGGGUUUCAUUUUCUCUUCCGGAUUCUAUAUUUCAUUAAUUUUAUUGAUUUUUUUGACAUCUUUAUUAACUUUUGAUAUAUCGCAUUUUCAACGAUGGGUUUUAUUUACUGACUGUACGAAGUACAUUUUUGUUAAUUUGUUGACGUGAAAUUGUAACAAUGAUUUUUGUUAUCACAAAUAUUUAUGUGGAUUUUUGUAUUGUAACUAUGUUAUAGCUUGGUAUUUACAGUCACAAAAACUGUCAGAAUUUACAAGUGCUUGUGUUACAUAAUUUUAUAAAAGCUUGGCUUCGUUUAUUUAUUUUUUUAAAUUGUUUUACUUUUGUAACUCUAGUCUCUCUUUAUGGAACUGUUACUAUGAUAAAAUCAAAUGCAUUUUCUUUUUUACUCCGCAUUUUAUCGUGUCCUUUUCAAUUACAAUAGUUUCCCCUUAAUGAAUUAAGGUCAUUCCAGAAUUUUUAUUGUUUUAUUUACGAACUGUAUUUUUUAUUUAUUUUUAGUUCUACAUCGAAUGUUGAAAUGUUUUGAAUUUAUUAAUGUUUUCAAUCGAAUAAAUGGUAUAUUGAGUAUUUGA